AUGCAGCGGACAGACUCAUUCUCUCGGCGCUUCAAGGGGGAUGCGGAAUUGACCGCGGCUCCUGUGUAUCCUCGCAGCCGCAGCACGGGUCAAAGUAACAGCUACAGACCUGCUGAGGGGGAUUACAACAGCUAUAGUAACUAUGAGCCAGAUGCCGGUGGUGAUAAUUUCGAUUUUGAGGAGACCACGUGGUCUCCCGCUCUCACUUCGGGCGGCGAGAUUGCGCGAGACCGACCCACUCGGAACAACCAUCGUCGGACGCUCUCCGUGUCGUCCGCGCUGCGGCCACAGAUCUACCACAACUUUCACGACGCUGGCGACAACCAGGGCGUAGGCGGGGCCGUGCUGGGACUCUACGGAGAGCUGGGCAGCGCGGAAGGGGAGCUUUUGCGGCAGCGGAGCGAGCAGGCGAACAGGAUCCCGGGAUCGUCGUCCACUCCUAACGCGUAUGGCCACAGGGCCCGGGCGUCGCUCGCCGCGUCGCUGGACGGAACAGGCAGCAGCAGCAUGGGAAGCGGCAUGGGCAGCGGCAUAGGGAGCGGCAUCGGCGGCAUGGGAGGCGGCAUCGGAAGUAGUGUGGUGGACAGCGAGGCGCUGUUCGCGGCGAUGCGGGGGCGGCAUCUGGGCGCGGGAUCCGCGAGCAUGGACGUAGAGCGGCUGGCGGACGCCGCAGGGAGGGACCUGGGGGGGAGGUACGAUAGCGUGGGUGGCGGCAGGUAUGGCGGGAGCAUGCGGCUGGGAGGAGGGGACGGGGCAGCGGAGUUACGGAGGGUGCUGAGUCACAGGGAGAGCGACUUCGCCAACGGUCAUACAGGCCGCCAAGACGGCUGGCCGGAUCUGUCCUCUGAUCCGGCUUCCUUUUCCGCCAGCUCGUGGCGUGGCGGAGGGGACAGCUUCGCAGACCUCGUGGGGAAGCCCGGUGGAGGGUCGUCGGCGCUGGACUUCAUCGAUGGCGGCAUGGGGAUGGGCGCAGGCGCGGGGGGCGGAAGGCGCAUGGGCGCGGAGGAACUGCUGGGGCUGGCGGGGGAGCUUAGACAAGGCAGAGGCGGGGGAUUCGGCGGAGCCGGCGCGGGCAUGCUGGGGUUCGCGGACGACGAUUUGGGAGGGCUGAAGGCGGUGUUGAAGCUGGUGGAGGCGGCGCACGCGAACGACGUGGCGCUGCUCAACAGCGUGCUGCAGGAGGCCUCCUCGCGCACUGCGCUCCUCAACGCGCUGCACCCAGCGACGGGGAGGACGGCGCUGCACGAGGCGGUGGUGGCGGGCAGCCUGGACGCGGCGGCGCUGCUGCUGGAGUGGGGCGCGGACCCCGACGGGGGCACCGCCGCCGCUGAGGGAGGGCAGUCGCCGCCACUGAUGUCAGCGGUGCAGGCGGGCAGCGAGGAUGCGGUGCGGCUGCUGCUCACCAACGGCGCCGACAUCAACGCCACGGACGCGCGCCUCUGCUCCGCGCUGCACUACGCCUGCGCCACCGGCCACAGGAGCAUAAUAAAGCUGCUGCUGGUGGCGGGGGCGAACAUGUACGCGCGCAACAGGGACGGGCUGCUGCCGCAGGAGCUGACGUCGUCGGACCGCAUUGGCGCGCUCUUCCGCAAGCUGCACGACUACCACCAGCGCUGCGCCGCCCCUGACUCCGCCUCCCCCGCCGCCGCCCCCCUGGACGCCGCCACACGCGCGGGGGGACUCGGGGGGUUCCGCCAAAGCACUAGUUUUGAGGAAGGGGACUUGCUUUCAGGGGAUUUGGGAGGCUCGGGUCUGCUGGGAGGUUCGGGGGGAGGCUUGGAGGAUAUUGGCGGGUUCAGGCCUGAGUUGGGCAGUGCUGAGAAGGCGAGUGGUGCAAAUGCUGCUAACGGAAGUUCUGCCACCAGCCCGAGUGGUGCAAGCACUACUGCUUCUGGAGCUGCUGCUGGUGCGGCUGGUGCUGCUACUGGUGGUGCCGGAGCUGCAGGUGCAGGUGGCAGUGGGAGCCACACUCCAGUGGGCAGAAGCAUCAGCAGCAGCGGCGGCACUUCAACUGCAUCCCGCCCCCCCGCCCGCGUGCGCAAGUCCGUCUCCUUCGCCCUGCCCUCUGCAGGCGACGACGGCUCCCCAAACCAGCAUGGGCGGCAGAGGGGCGAGAGCGAGGGCGAGAGCGACGGGGGGUCGGGGAAGGAGGAGACGGAGAGUGGCAGUGAGGGCGGCGGGGUGAGGCGCCAUCGGCGGUACGGCGACAGACGGAUGUCUCCCCGCCCUCCUGUGUCCCCCCGCCGGCGAGCGGCUGUUGCCGCUGCUGCUGCAGCAGGGGGGAUUGCAGGGCAUGGGAAAGCGGGUGCAGGAGGGGAUAAGGACGGGGAAGAGAGGGGUGAUGCGGCGGGCAGAGGGAAGGCGGCGACUGGUGGUGGUUCCCCCUCGUCCCCCUCCUCCCCUGCUACCUCCUCCCCCUCUGCGCCCUCCCCUUCCGCCUCCCCGCCCAACCAGUCGUCCCCCCUUGCCUCCCCCGCCACCCCCUCGCCCCGCUCCCCCUCCACGCCCUCCGCCUCUCCCCUUGGUGGCAAGGCGGAUGGCAGUGGGGAGGGGCGGGAGGAGAAGGGCGCAGAGAAGCAGGCCAAGGGCGGGGAGAAGGGCGGAGGGGGGGACCUGAAAUCGGGCAAAGAUGUAAUGGGGGAGGAGGGGAAGAAGCAGGAGGGUGAAGCGGGGCAUGGGAAGGGUGGGAAGGGGGAGGGACGGGCAGAGGGGGGGAGUGCGGGCAGUGGCAGUGAGGGGAAUGAAAGUGAUGGCAAGUCGUCCUCCCCUUCCUCCUCCCCUUCCGCCACCACCACCAGUGCCACGUCAACCACCUCGUCUGCCAGCGUGGCAAAGGCCCUUGCAGCGUCAGGGUCGGUGUCCAUGUCAGCAUCCCCGCUGGGCACACUCAAGUGGAAGAAGGGCGACCUGCUGGGGGAGGGCGCCUUCGGCAAGGUCUUCCUGGGCCUCAAUGAGAUGACGGGGGAGCUGAUGGCGGUGAAGCAGAUCAAGAUGACGACGGCGGGCGACGAGAAGGCGAUGCUGAUCGCCUCUCUGGAGCGCGAAAUCGUGCUGUACCGCCAGAUGCGCCACCGCCACAUCGUGGGGUACAUAGACAUGGAGAAGGACGAGGCUGACGGCUCCAUCUAUAUCUUUCUCGAGCUUGUCUCUGGCGGGUCGCUGCACAGCAUGUUGGAGAAAUUCGGCAAGUUCAGUGAGUCGCUGGUGCGCGUGUACACGCGGCAGCUGCUGCUGGGGUUGGAGUAUCUGCACGGCUGCAAGAUCAUCCACCGUGACAUCAAGGGCGGCAACGUGCUCGUCGACAGGGAUGGGGUUAUUAAGCUCGCUGACUUUGGUGCCUCCAAGGCGUUCCACGAGGGCACGGUGGGCGAGGGGUGCAAGUCGAUCCGCGGGUCGGUGUUCUGGAUGGCGCCCGAGGUCAUCAAGGGCGAGGGGUACGGCCGCCGUGCUGACAUCUGGAGCCUCGGCUGCACCGUCAUUGAAAUGCUCACCGGCAGCCACCCAUGGCCGGGCAUGGACAACACGUGGUCGGCCAUCUUCCACAUCGCCAAGACCACCACGGGCCCGCCCAUUCCCGAGGGCAUAUCGGACGAGGGUCGCGAGUUCCUCGAGGCGUGCUUCCACAUCGAGCCCUACGACAGACCGUCCGCCACCGAGCUUCUGAAGCUACCAUUCGUUCAAACAACUCCCUGCCAUCACUCCCUUGGCACCAUCUUCGCAUCAAUUCCCGACGAGGUUUCUCACGAGGCGCUCCUGCGUCUUCCGCGCCACCUGCACGGCGCGCUCAAGACAGUCUCCAAGUCCUGGAGCUCCGCCGUGUCUAGCGAAGCGUUCUUCCAGGCGCGAGAGGCGGCGGGCGUGAUCGAGGAGUGGCUCUUCGUGCUCCCAGAGGACCCCGACCAGGGCGCGUUCCGCGCGUUCGACCCCAACUCCAAAUCAUGGCGCGCCGUGCCGCCCAUUCCUGGUCGGUCCAAGAAUGAGGGGCUUUCAGAAUUCGCGACGGUGGCUGCGGGCGGGAAGAUGUACGUCAUUGGUGGCUGCGAGCGCGUGACGUCAGCAUCCCCAUCGGUAAUGGGUUGCGCAGACGUCGCGACGGCGCGGGUGCGUGUGUUCGACCCCGUCGCGUGGCGCUGGGAUUUCUGCGCGCCGAUGGGCGAGGCGCGCAUCUCGCCCGCCGCGGAGGUGUUGGACGGCUGUUACAUCGUGGUUACCGGCGGACAGGGCCGACACGCGUUCCUGCGAUCCGCCGAGAUUUUCGACGUGCUCACCGGUCAAUGGCGGAGCAUCAGCGCGAUGCACGCCGCGAGAUGCGGGCACCGCGCCGUGGUGCUCGGGGGGCAGCUGACGGUGAUCGCGGGGGAGGUGCAGCGGCCUGACAGCUCGACUGCUGACGUCAUGGGGUUACGUCAUGACGGAGACGGACAGGCGCGCGAGAGCACGGCGUCGAUCGAGGUGUACGACCGGCAGAGCGACCGGUGGGACCUGGUGCCCCACGCGUGGAUCGACGACUGCAAGAUCCCGGGUCCCAUGGCCGUGCUCAACGGCGAUCUCUACGCCAUCCACCAGUCGCGCCUCGUCGUGCGCGACGCCGCCACGGGCGAGUGGCGCAAGUGCGGGCCUAUCCCCUCGCUCCACGUCAGCAGCUCGGGCGUCGGCAACUUCAGGCGGCAAAGCAGUGCGACGCGCGGCGUGGGCAUGAUUGCCUUUCAAGGGAAGCUGUUCUUGCUGGGCGGCGCGCGCGAGGCGAGGAGCAAUGGCGGGUUUGGCGGCGGGAGGGUAAGAUUGGAGGAGGUGUUUUGCUGGGACCCCGCGGAGGAGGACAGGCGCGGGCGCGAGGAGGAUGCGCGCACGCCCAAGGGGCUGCUUGCGGCCAUGCUCGUGCGCCCCAGUGAACGGUUACUCAACUGGGAGGCCGUGGGCGGCAUGGGCGGCGGGAAGGGCGCCAUUCUCGCGUGCGCCGUGCUGAGAGUGUAA